AUGGCCGGAUCCUCCUUCACCGCCUCCGGCACACGCCCGGAAGCCGGAUGUCAGAUACGUCGACGAUUGAAAUAUCCCGGCGUAUUCGCGAAGGAGGAGAGGGGUACAAAGACGGUUGCUUUCAUCUUCAGCGGCGGCCUAAUUGUAGCCGCCGAUCAUUCAUCAAAAUCGUCCGUUCCCAAUAUCUUCAAACUGAAUUCCCACAUGUUUGCCACUUCUUCUGGAAAAAGCCUAACUCUGGUCGAAGAAUUGUUGAGGAAGUGGCCAAUCAAUGGAGGAGGAAUGUCUGUAACGGAGACAUCAAAGUGGGUCCACGACAACCUCUCUGUUAGUCAAAUUUUUGGUCGCCGGGAUUCUGAUCGGAGGAAUAAACGGAAUUGUUCAGGGAACCCAUUACGAUUCCAAAUAUGUUCCACUGGAUCUGGGGCAAUGUCGGCUCGUGUUCAUGCUGAACUCCGGAUGAGAUUUGAUAUGACUCUAACCGAAGCUGCAGAGAUUGCGAAAUCCGCCAUCUGCAGUGCUGCAAGUAAAGCUGCUGAAGGGGGUGAUUUGGUGAGUGUUUAUCACGUUGGGAGACUGGGGUGGAGGAAGCUCAUCUCUGAUUACCAGAUUGGAGAAUGGCAAAAGCAGAACAAAGACAUCCUUUUGCAACAACCAAUUACCGUCUCAAUUUAUCCGCCAUGGGACUGA